AAAUGCUCCCAAUUGUCACCAACCCCUCUAGCACCAUAAUAACUUACUGCAUCUUAAAAAGUUUUCCAAGUUGGCGUGAGGACAAAUAAUUCUGCCCUGGGAGCUAGCUUGUUUUGUCUAUAUUGUCAACCUAGCAGACCCCGGAAGAGCCCCUCACCCGGUUCCUAAGCCAAUUCAACUUCCAACAGCUGUCUGAAAACCACAUUUUUGCACCAUACACAUAUAUCAUUCAAAACAGGAACCAGUGCAAAGCUGAACGGUGUAAAGUAUCAUCGUUUACCUGGCUGCGGAAUGUCAGUUUCCAUACAGGAACUGGACCACACUGUCCAGGCCUUUUACGAAGGCAAAGGUGAUUUGCAAAAGCAGGCCCAGCAGACUCUAACGGAAUUCAAACAAAACCCCGAUGCUUGGUUGAUUGUGGGAAACAUUCUGCAGGAAUCUGCAUACUCGCAAACCAAAUAUCUCGCCCUUCAAGUACUCGACGAUGUUAUCAUGACUCGAUGGAAAGUCCUACCGAGAGACCAAUGCCUGGGUAUUCGAAAUUUUGUUGUCAACUUCAUUAUCGAAAAUUCCAAGUCAGAAGAGAAGCUCAAAAGUGAACGCACUUUUGUGAACAAGCUCAAUCUAGUCCUUGUCUCUAUCUUGAAGCAGGAGUGGCCACACAACUGGCCAACAUUCAUAAACGAAAUCGUGUCGUCCUCUCAUACAAGUCUUUCAAUCUGCGAGAACAACAUGGUCAUUCUUCGACUGUUGUCUGAGGAAGUUUUUGAUUUUUCUCAAGACCAGAUGACAUCUGUGAAGGCAAGGAACCUGAAGACUUCGAUGACGCAUGAAUUCUCCUCCAUCUUUCAAUUGUGCUCAGAGGUCCUGAAUACAGCAAAUCAGCCCACCCUGGUCAAGGCCACUCUAGAAACUCUCCUUCGCUUCCUCAAUUGGAUCCCACUGGGGUACAUAUUUGAAACCCCCGUCAUCAAUACUCUUCUGACAAGGUUCUUGGACAUUCCGGACUUCAGAAAUGUGACACUUAAAUGCCUGACAGAGAUUGGUGGCUUGCAAAUUGGGGCUCCCUACAACUAUGAUGAGAGGCUGGUGCUUAUGUUCACGGAAACCUUAACUGCAGUCUCAAAGACCAUCCCACUGUCAAUGGACUUAAAACAAACAUAUGCCCACAGCAAUUCAAGGGAUCAAGAAUUUGUGCUUAACCUAGCACUCUUCCUUUGCAGCUUUUUCAGUGUUCACCUUGACCUGAUUGAGAAGCUGCCUAAUCGAGAUUACCUUACUCAUGCGCAUUUCUAUCUCAUUCGCAUAAGCCAGAUUGAUGAUAGAGAAAUUUUCAAGAUCUGCUUGGAAUAUUGGACAAAACUGGUGCAGGAACUUUACGAAGAGAUGCAGCAGCUUCCAAUUACGGAUAUCAAUCCACUAGUGAGCAUGGGUAUUAGUGGGUUGUCUAACGGAGGCGCACCGCACCCAAGUACUUUGGCCAACUACCCCCUUCGUAAACAUAAAUACGAGGAGGUACUGUCAAGUCUACGCACGGUCAUGAUUGAAAAAAUGGUACGGCCCGAAGAGGUGCUAAUUGUUGAGAAUGACGAAGGCGAGAUCGUCCGCGAGUUUGUCAAAGAAAGCGAUACGAUCCAACUUUACAAAACAAUAAGGGAGUGUCUAGUUUACCUAACCCACCUGGAUGUUGUCGAUACGGAAAAUAUUAUGAUAGAGAAACUGGCAAACCAGGUCAAUGGCACCGAAUGGUCCUGGGCGAAUUGCAACACUCUUUGCUGGGCAAUUGGCUCUAUAUCUGGAGCCAUGAACGAAGAGACUGAAAAACGCUUUCUUGUCACCGUCAUAAAGGAUCUCCUUGGCCUAACAGAAAUGAAACGUGGGAAGGACAACAAAGCUGUUGUGGCCAGUAACAUCAUGUACAUUGUGGGACAGUAUCCUCGGUUUUUGAAAGCUCAUUGGAAGUUUUUGAAAACAGUUGUGAACAAGUUAUUUGAAUUUAUGCACGAAACACAUGAAGGAGUUCAGGACAUGGCCUGCGAUACUUUUAUUAAGAUUGCCAACAAGUGUAGGCGACACUUUGUUGCUCUACAACCCGGAGAAAGCGAGCCGUUCAUCGAGGAGAUUGUUCGAAACAUGAGGAAGAUAACGUGCGAUCUUUCUCCACAGCAAGUCCACACCUUCUACGAAGCAUGCGGUUAUAUGAUUUCAGCCCAAGGCCAAAAGGGUCUCCAAGAUCGAUUAAUUGAGAACUUAAUGUCCUUGCCGAACUCCGCAUGGGAUGCCAUUAUAACCCAAGCAAACCAGAACCCGUCAAUUCUUCAGGAUGGAGAAACAAUAAAAAUCAUCGGGAAUAUCAUGAAGACAAACGUUGCAGCAUGCUCCUCUAUCGGCACCUACUUCUAUUCCCAAAUUGGCCGUAUCUACCAUGAUAUGUUAAAUAUGUAUCGAGCUUCUAGCCAACUCAUCAACCAAGCUGUUGCUGGUGAAGGUAAUAUUGCCACGAAGACACCAAGAGUCCGAGGACUCCGGACCAUCAAGAAGGAAAUACUUAAACUAGUCGACACAUAUGUACAAAAAGCGGACGACCUGGAAAUGGUUAAUACCAACAUGGUCCCACCGCUUCUUGAAGCAGUCCUCGUGGACUACAACCGGAAUGUUCCUGAUGCACGGGAGGCAGAAGUUUUGAAUGUCAUGACGACGAUCAUCCAUAAACUCCAUAAUUUGAUGGAAGACAAGGUCCCUGCUAUCAUGGAAAGCGUAUUCGAAUGUACGCUGGAGAUGAUCAACAAAGACUUCCAUGAAUAUCCUGAACACCGUGUACAAUUCUUCAAGCUGCUUCAAGCGAUCAACCUCUAUUGUUUCCCAGCUCUACUCAAGCUUGAUGCUGCUCAGUUCAAGUUUGUAAUUGAUUCAUGCAUGUGGGCCAGUAAACAUGACAAUCGCGAAGUCGAAAACACUGGCCUUACAAUGUGUCUUGAGCUGAUGAACAACAUGGCCGAGACGGACACACAAACGUCGAGUAUUUUUUUCAACCAGUUUUAUAUUCCAAUCCUACAGGAUGUGUUCUUCGUUCUCACCGACAGCGAUCACAAAGCAGGGUUUAAAUCUCAAGCCAUGUUAUUGUCGCGGAUGUUCUAUUUUGUUGAGUCCGGCAGGAUACAAAACCCUAUCUACUCCCCUGACCAAGCGCCCCUGGGAACGUCCAAUAGAAAUUUUCUGCAAGAAUACGUCGCCACACUUCUGCAGAAUGCGUUCAAAAAUCUCCAGGAGAUACAAAUUAAACAGUUUGUGAUUGGACUGUUUGCAUUUAAUGAUGAUUUCAACAAAUUUAAAACCCAUCUACGUGAUUUCUUGAUUUCAUUGAAAGAGUUUGCGGGUGAUAAUGCUGAACUCUAUGCAGAAGAAAGAGAACAGGCUUUACAAGAUGCCAAGGCUGCAGAAAGAGAUCGUGCAAUGAGAGUUGGUGGCCUGCUCAAACCAUCUGAAAUGGAUCAGGAGGAUGAGCUAUGAGCAGAUAUAGACUAAACACCUGUUAUUACUGUCAACUAGCGUUGUGAAACAUCCAAAAAUCCCUUGGGAAGCUUGGAUGAAGGACAAGUGUGAUAGCUGAUAUCUUUCUAGGUCUUCAAAGAUAACAGGUACUAUUGGGAAUGUCCUGGAUGCAUUUUUAACUGCAGACAGUAAUUUAUUAAUUCUUAUUCUCAAUUUUAUUUUCUUUUGUUCCCAAGGGUGGGAGUAUCAGUCAUUUAUUUGAUCUUCUCACACUAUUACAUGGCUAGCCAUGGUUGUUCAGAGGGUAGGAACUAAUGCCGGAGUCAAUCUACUACAAGGUAAUAAUAGCUAAUAAAGGCAUAGAAACCAAUGCAUAACAGUUGACGGCCAGAAGAUGAUGGCGUUGACGAGACUGCUUAUUCGGCAAUAAAAAGCCAAUUUGAUCUGUAACUUCGAAUUUUACACAUAGAGCCUAGAAGUCUAUUUAUUAUUGCAUUUUCGUAUUCAUACUAGGUACUCC